UUCUCCGCGCCGCCGCCGGGGCAGAGCUGUGGUCGGCGGUGCCAGCAGCAGCCACCCCUCCUUCCGUCCCUCUUUCCUGCUUCCCGCCCUCCUUCCACGGCCCGCCUCCCGGCCGCAGCACCACCUCCGCCCGGCGCCGCGCGGCUCCCGGCAGCGUAGCCGUCCCGGCCGCCCCUCCGUUGGACCGCCACAUCGCGCCGGCAGCCUUGCUCCCUUCCCAUGCGCGGCGCUGAGCCGCCCGCGGAGGCACUGAGGCGUCCGUGCUCAUCCAAGAGCCGCGACUCGGUCUUCAUCACUACAGUUAUGGAUGGGCUUGGGUAACACAGUGAUCUGUUCCUCUGCAUAUGGUCUGUAGUUUGCCAGCCUCCAGUGUAUGCAUAACUGCAGGGUGUGAAAGAAAAUGUCAGUCAGCAUGCAUGAAAAUCACAAAUCUAGGGCCAGUACUGGCUCCAUAAACAUAUACUUGUUCCACAAGUCAUCCUACGCUGAUAGUGUCCUUACUCACCUGAACCUUCUGCGUCAGCAGCGUCUCUUUACAGAUGUGCUUCUCCACGCUGGGAACCGGUCGUUCCCCUGCCACAGAGCUGUUCUAGCUGCUUGUAGCCGCUAUUUUGAGGCAAUGUUCAGUGGAGGGCUGAAAGAAAGCCAGGACAGUGAAGUCAACUUUCAUAAUUCAAUUCACCCAGAAGUCUUGGAGCUUCUUCUGGACUAUGCAUACUCCUCCAGGGUUAUCAUCAAUGAGGAGAACGCAGAGUCGCUGCUGGAGGCUGGUGACAUGCUGGAGUUUCAGGACAUUCGUGAUGCUUGUGCAGAAUUUCUGGAGAAAAACCUUCAUCCCACCAAUUGCCUUGGCAUGUUGUUGCUCUCAGAUGCCCACCAGUGCACCAAGCUGUAUGAGCUCUCUUGGAGGAUGUGCCUUAGCAACUUCCAGAGUAUCAGUAAAAGCGAAGACUUCCUCCAGCUACCAAAAGACAUUGUAGUGCAGCUCCUUUCCAGUGAAGAACUGGAAACUGAAGACGAAAGGCUGGUGUAUGAAUCGGCUAUCAACUGGAUCAGUUAUGACCUGAGAAAGCGUCACUGUUACCUGCCUGAGCUACUGCAGACGGUGAGGCUGGCCCUCUUGCCAGCUGUAUACCUUAUGGAGAAUGUGGCCAUGGAAGAACUUAUCACCAAGCAAAGGAAAAGCAAAGAGAUUGUAGAAGAAUCAAUAAGAUGCAAGUUAAAGAUCUUACAGAAUGAUGGAGUGGUCACAAGUCUGUGUGCCAGACCCCGGAAAACUGGCCAUUCACUUUUUCUUUUGGGUGGCCAAACCUUUAUGUGUGACAAGCUGUACCUGGUGGACCAGAAGGCAAAGGAGAUCAUUCCGAAGGCUGACAUACCGAGUCCGCGGAAAGAGUUCAGUGCUUGUGCCAUUGGCUGCAAAGUGUAUAUCACAGGGGGACGAGGAUCAGAAAAUGGAGUCUCCAAAGAUGUGUGGGUGUAUGACACCCUCCAUGAGGAGUGGUCAAAGGCUGCUCCCAUGCUGGUGGCUAGGUUUGGGCAUGGCUCUGCCGAGCUUAAACACUGUUUGUACGUAGUAGGAGGACACACCGCAGCGACAGGUUGCCUUCCAGCUUCCCCUUCGGUAUCCUUAAAGCAAGUGGAACAAUAUGACCCUGUGACCAAUAAGUGGACCAUGGUUGCUCCACUGCGAGAGGGAGUAAGCAACGCAGCCGUAGUCAGCGCAAAGCUUAAGCUAUUUGCUUUUGGAGGUACCAGCGUUAGCCAUGACAAGCUGCCCAAAGUUCAAUGCUACGAUCAGUGUGAAAACAGAUGGACGGUACCAGCCACCUGCCCCCAGCCCUGGCGCUACACAGCUGCAGCUGUUCUGGGCAACCAGAUUUUUAUUAUGGGUGGAGAUACUGAAUUCUCUGCAUGCUCUGCUUACAAGUUCAACAGCGAGGCAUACCAGUGGACUAAGGUGGGAGAUGUGACAGCGAAGCGAAUGAGCUGCCACGCAGUGGCGUCUGGAAAUAAAUUGUACGUGGUUGGAGGCUACUUCGGCAUUCAGAGGUGCAAAACACUGGACUGCUAUGAUCCCACAUUAGAUGUGUGGAACAGCAUAACAACCGUGCCCUAUUCGUUAAUUCCCACGGCAUUUGUCAGCACAUGGAAGCACCUCCCCUCAUAAUUGUGUGCAUGUUGCAAUUACAAAUUAUGAGUUUACUCCUUUAUUUGGAGAAGUGAAUUGGAACCUCAGAUCCAGACAAACAGUUUCAAAUGAAGAAAUCGUUCAGUGUCUCCUGCAUUUGAAGAAAAUCAUCUGCACCUUGUAAAUUUUCUAACCUAGACAUGAAGGAAUGGGAGGAAAACUACAGUCUUCAGUGCUUCAGCACGUGGUUGAAAUAUGAAUGGACGAAUCUAUAAUCUGGUUCUUGUGCUAGUUAGUAGUUGUGGAUUAAUGCCAAUAUUAAUCAGUCCUUCAAAGGAGAAAAAGGAGACAACUCUGAGCUGUACAGCACACAGCACUCGAUUUCCACAGACUUUGCUGUUUGUAUGUGAAAUUUGAAAUGGUUGGCACCUCUCGUUGUGGUGGUUUGAAGUGCCAGCACCAGCUGCAGGGGAAGCAGGCUAGGUCUGAAGCGGUGAGAUGGCACUGCGAAGGAAGAAGAUACAAUAGUCCUACUGCAUAACUCUGCACCAGAGUGUGCUCAUCUGUGGGCAGUGCCCACAGCACCUCUCAGAUCCUGCGUUGCAUCGUCCUGUGUGCAGUGAGUGACUUUCCACUUGAUAAGGAGGAGCCCAGUGGCAAAACGUUUUUGCAACAGUGGGGAGUGAAGACAACCUCCCUACAAAUGCCCCUUGCUCCCUUUCCUCCCUGUAUUUAUAAGUAAUUCAAACUGUCCCAUUCCUGAUACGUUACUUGUUGUAGAUAUAGGUAUUUAUUCUUCAGUGCUUGCAUGCUGAAACAAUGCCUGCAAUUGUCUUCAUGUUGCAAGGGCUUCUGUGAAUUGUAUGUUUUGCACAUUUUGUGAUCGCUGACUUACUCUGCUGCACAAAGAAAGAAAUCUGUUGGAUGACAGUUGAAAGUGGCUUCCCGGUUGGAAAUGAAAGGAUUACAAGGCAGGAUCUUAAGUUACACACAUACUAAAGGAAGAAGCCAUGGAGGUCAUUUUCUCAGGCCACCGGCUUCCCAGAUUGCAUGUGGUGUGUCUUGUAGAUGGUGUCCUUGCUACAUUUCAUUUGUUGGUCAUGCCUUUCAAUUCCAAAUCGGGAAAUAACCAAGACCUCUUUCAGCUAUCUCUUUGUGCAGCUUCUUGAUUGCAACACAAAUACUGUGGAAGAGCUUCUGGAUUCCAAGCCCAGAUGAAGUUACUGUCCAAAGUUAUUUAUUUAUUUAUUGGGUCAGAGGAGGGGUAGAUAUCUACACUAUAGCCCCGUUGACCUGACUGAGUGGAGUAUGGUGAUUCAAGAAUAAAAACAAAAAACCUCAAGGUAGGUUAGUGAUGAAGUCUUAAACAAACAAACAAAAAAGCGCAGUAAUUUUGCACUGGCUGGAUUGCCUCGUUUGUCUGGAUUUCAGAUGAUUGUCUGAGUGACCAGGUGUCAAAGACCCAAGUGCUCUAGCAAAAUUCUUAUGGGGAUAUAAAAUGAAUUUCAAACCUCUUAAUCUUUAAAAUAGCCCUUAAGCUCUUGCUGCCUUUUAUUUUCCUUAGCCAAGUGUAUCUUUAAGCACUUGGUUGUUCAGAAGCAUUGGAUACAAUCCUGAGAAACCAAACUUUGAUUUUAUUUUUUUUAAAUAAAUUUGUUUCUCAGUCGAAUCUUGAGACAGAGGUGAAGCUAUUCUUCUGGAUUUCAGAAGCUUGUGUUUCACAGGUGCUUGUUUGUUUGUUUGUUUGUUUGUUUGUUUUUGCCAGGUCCUGUUAUGAAGCAUGUAUUGUACUAUAUUUUUUUUCUAAACGUUUCUGGAGCCAAACUUAAAUGGCACAUUCAGUAACAUAGUGUGUGCUGUGGUGUAAGUGAACAGCUGCAUGUGUGCAUGCAAUACAGACAUAGUCAUCAUCAUCAUCAUUGGUGAUGCUUGCCUUUGUGUGACAGUGAUGUAGCUGUGUUUCUGAAAUCUUUGUCAUCUGAAAGCAUUGACACUGGUCACUGGAAGUUUCUCUGUGCUGCCUUACAUUUGACUUGCUGUUUGGAAUAGACCCUUACAUUUCAGAAAUAGAUUAUUUGGAGUUCUGUGAAUACUGAGAGAACAUUAGCAAAGGUAUUAGCAGAUUUUUAACGGGUGAGGCCCAGCUAGAUGUGAACAGUUGCAAUUCCUUGAGUUAAGCAGAUUUCUUUAAAUGGUAGGUUGAAGAAAGUGUUUAAACUCACAGUUUCCCCUCAUGGUCUUGGUUCUUUUAUCUUAGAUGGCUUUUAAGCAAUAAGAAAACAACUUAGAUAGGGUAGGUCUCCUUUCUAAAUCCCUUUACUUGCACAGAUUGCCUUGUUGAAGCAAACAGCCUUGAACUGCUGUUGCCUUUAAUCUUGUGAAUCGCUUCUGGGGCUGCAAAGGGAGGCAUGAAAUCACACUUCCUGUGCUUUGCAUGUCCUCUCUCCAGGCACUAGUGACUGCAGUAUGGGGAGGCAAAGAACCAGAUGCUCAGGGGCCCCCUUGUUUGAAUAAGGUCAUAUAGGUUUGAGACCUGUUUUCUCCGUGAAGCUGACUAAAGUUCAGAUGUGAAGCUGCACUGCAUCUAACUACUCAGCCUAUGAAGUCUGUUUAGUAGCACAAUGCAACUUCCAAAAGUGGGAUGAAUUUUCCAAAACUGUGGUCUGCUUUCAAGUCCUCGAUUAAUUCCUGUGUGUAGGCUGAAGGAAGCUGAAGUCAGGGUAGGCCUUUGGCUCUGCAGGGAAUACUCUAGGCAGUUGCACUCUGAAUCGAUGUGGGAAUCCUACUUACCUACUUGACCAUUCCAGUCCUGCCUAACACAGCACACUUUGAAGCAAAUGGAGUUCACAGCAGAGUGCACACGAAAACCCUGGCACAAGAUGGGAAGGUUCCUCUUAUUUUGCAGGCUCGUUGCUGUAGAAACAUAUAACAAAGGACAGCCUUCCUCUCCUGGUAAAACUUUGCAGCCCCUUUUCUCUAGGUCUGACACCUGUCUGAGUAAGAGUGAUUAGAACAGAAUAAUGUUCCCUUUCCUGGCUAUUAAAGAUGUGGUUUGUGUGGUGAGGGAAAACUGUACAAAGAAGUAAAAUUCUCUGUGUUGUGUCUUUUUGUUUGCUACUGCAUCUUAACGUUUUGUAAAACUUACUUUUUCCUUUUUUUUUUUCCACAAUGUGAAACUGAGGUCAAUAAAUUAUUAUAGAUUUUC